AACAAAUAAUAUAUAAUAAUAAAUAACAGUAAUUGUUGUUAAAAUCGCAAACUGAAUGGAUAUGCUAAUCAGUUUAAUUUGAAAGUUUAAUUAUGAAUAUAUAGGAUUAUAGGAGUCUUAAACACCACUGUCAGCUGUUAUCUGCACAUAGUUACUAUAUUCUUUGCUACAUACCCGCGCCGGGUCAUCCGUUGGUACAUACUUCAUUCUGACUUCUAUUUUCAUUCCCGACAACGAACAUAAUGUCUAUCUAACCUUAAAUAUACUUACUACUUAAUAUUAAAGACUAGACAAAAUAUUAGCCGCUAAUAGUUGUUUAAUUAUACAUUAUACAUUCAUUGUAUUUUUAAAAUGUAUCACUGUGGUAUGCGACAAGUAGGGGAGAGACAUGUUGCCAAUCAAGUGGAUCUUAUGGUGUGGAGCAAUAGGCUAGAUUUAUUAGCUUUAAGCAAUUUUAAAGGUGAAGUCCAAGUACAUAGACUUCAUUGGCAGAAAGUAUGGAACUUGUCCCCACCGAAAGAAAAUAUCACUGUUCAAGCAAUGACAUGGAGACCUGACGGAAAGGUUUUAGCCAUUGGUUAUAGUUCAGGUAGUGUCCACAUUGUAGAUAUUGAAGACAAGGAAAUACUCGAUAAAUAUGAAUUAGACCAUGUGGGUUCAGAAGAAUUUGAUGAUUCCAAAUACAGUGGAAUUACAUGUAUAACAUGGGCUGCUCGGGCUGGCACUUUAGAAAGUUCAUCUGCCUACAAUAUUUAUGAUGAUGCAUCUAUAUAUUUGCAAAGGUUACCCUCCCUUAGCAAUGCAUAUAAAAGCCCUGGAUCUGAUGAUAAUAUCAGUGAUUUUAAAGAAAUGGUUAAAGAUCAAACUCAACUGAAUAUGUUAAUGGUAGGUUAUAGUUCAGGUUUAAUUUACAUGAGUAUAUUUGGAAAAUACCCAUAUGGAAUUAUAAAUUUGUCACAGUUAACUAAAGAUGAUUGUGGUGAAUACAAAAUUUUAGAUAUUUGUAUAUCAGAUGACUUCAGUAUAAUGCAAGUUGUUUACUUAGACAGAAUUACAAACACUGUACAUCUUUCCAUUAUCAACACAAGUGUGUUAUCAGCAUAUGCUGAAGAAAUUUGUCAUGUUGCUAACAAACAUGGGCAUGUUGUUGAGUUGAUAUCAUAUCUUGAUCAAACUAUGAUUUCCAUAACUGAGGCUUGGGAGCAUAUAUUGCUGGAAAUGGAUACAAAAAUGGCCUAUUAUGCAGCAAAAGUCCCCGAAGGUGGAGUUUCAGCUGACAUGCUGGAAUUGCUGAUGUUAGGUGUACCAUCAGAUGAACUAGAACUGUUUUUACUCCGAGAACUAACAGCCAAGGUUUUAAAGAAGUCUGGUAAUUCUGUGGAAUUGAGUUAUUCAACAAUACAGAAAUUAGUGUUGAGACAAUUGAAUGUGGUUGGACAAAGUUUAACUUAUUAUCUCUCAGAAAUCAGAGGGCUUACAAGAAUACCAGAUAGAUAUAAGAUAUUGGGUUUAGAAGAAAGUGCUGUGACUGAAGCAAUUAAAGCAUGUUGUGCUUUUUUGAAUAAAUGUUUAGAAUUACAACAAGUAAUUGAUAUUUCAAUGCGCAAUUAUAAAUCAUUCUUCAGGUGGCUGUAUGUUAUGAUAAUAAGAUUGUUAAAUGAACAAACUCCAAGUGAAAUAGUCAAAAUGACACAACAGGAACUCAGUCACAUUGCAGAAUUUUUGUACAACUUUGAUAAUGUACAAAUGGAAAAUAAGGAUAAUGCAUCUGAAAAACCAGUUAAAUUUAAUUUAGAGAGAUUGGGUCAGUAUUUGCAGGAUCAAGAUUUGAGUAUAUUGCCAGAUGACGAAGAUAAUCCUUGGCACAAAUUUUUAAAGGAUAAUUCAUGUUUGCUAAAAGAUAAUGAUAUAAUUUUUUCAAUGUCUGAGUUUAGAAAGUUUUCUCUCGUACAGCAACAGAUAUUUUUAAAAAGUGCUGUUCAUAAAGUAUUUGAUGUAACUACUAAAGAUGUGGGAAAACAUUUUACUCUCUUAUAUAAUCUUAAAUGUUAUGAAGAACAAGAAAAUAUGAACCUUAGUAACAACUUGAGGGUUACACAAAUUUAUGAUGAAACACAAGAAAGAUUUAUGGUUGCAUUAGUCAGUAUGGCUAGAAAUAAUGGACUCUAUUUUAUAUCUACUAAUGUAAAAGAUAAAAUGUGUAGUGGUAUUGCAACAAAAUAUCAUUUUACAUCCAAUUUGUUGGUUGGAAACAGAGACUCAACAGACGGAGAAUGCAUGAUAGUGUUAGAUUUACAAUAUUAUUCCCCUGAGUUUUUAUCAGUUCUUGUUCAACAUCCAAAUAGUGAAGAAAAUAGUAUAUUUAUUCAAGUACCUUCUAAAAUUACAUUGGAAAAUUCUAGUGAAUUUAACAUUAAAUCAAAGUCAUGUAUAUUUAGUGAUACAGUGUCUGUUAAAAAUAUUUCACCAUUAUUAGAUCCAAAUGUUUACAAAGUGCUAGAUAAAAUGGAUGGAUGUCGCAUAGCAGUUUCUGGUGGUCGUAAAGUUGCUGUUGUUUUAUCUAAGAGUUUUAGGAAAGUUAAAGUGUUUGAGAUGGAAGUUGAUGGUGAUGAUGAGGAAGAUGAUACAUUAGAAACAACUCCACAGCCAAAUGCAGCACAUACAAGUGUAACUAGCCCAGAUACAAGCGAUAGGCGCCCUACGAAUGAUAUUACAUUUUAAUGUAUUGUGAACAUGUGGAAUAAAAUACAAUUAUAAAUUUUGUUUCAUUAUUUUUGUUUUCAUAACAAUAUUGACAACAAAAAUGUACAAAAUUGCUGAAUUA